CAACAACAACGAGCGCAAAUUAAACUUGAAAAUAUAUAUGAAAAUAAAUAAAGAAAACAAAUUAGACGUUAGCAGCAAAACGUCGCCAAAGCUAAGGCAGCGUCACACCCACACACACACUCACACGAAUAUACGGUUCGCUUGCUCGCGCUCGCGCUCUCGCUCUCGCUCACACAACGAUUAAGAACAGUCAACCUUUGGCUGCGUCAACUGCGCUGCUGCUCAGCUCAGCUGCCUGCUGCUGCUGCUCAAUUCUUAUACAGUUUUUAAUAUCAGACAGCGACGAUCGUUGCGUUCGCUCAGUCAGCGCUGUUGCCUCGCGUAACUUAGUUCUGAUUCUAACGGACGUACGCAUACACACACACGUUCACGCUCAAAACAGAAUUUGGUAAUUUGCCGAGCGACAAGUGCAGACUUGUUAUGCGCCUUUAAAGCAGCAGCAAAAGUAAGAGAGUGAGAGAGAGGCAACGCUUUCGAUUAACGUUCCGCGGCGAUUAUUUUGUUCAUGCCUCGCCUUGAGUGCGCAACAGUGAAAAAGUUCUACAAAACACUUGCCGCCCGUCAACUCGCGCGACAACAAGUGUUUUUAACAAAAUCAAAAAUAAAUAGCAACAGCAAAAUAACAGUACACUCUUCGUGCAAAUAUAUCUCAAUAAAACGAUCUCCGAUCAAGCGACAAUUUUGAUUUGCACUUUUGGGAAUAAUUUCGGCAGCCGCAAGGAAUAUACUGUCAAUAUUUUAUGGUGGAUUUUCUUUUAAUAUAUGAUUCAUCCACAACCAACAUGGUUUACUAUCCCGCUAAUCAGCUGCUCAUAAAGACGGAGCAACCCGCCCAGACGCAAUUCUGUCUGCAGACGCCACUCAUUGCGACGGGCGGUGGCGGUAUUAGUGUUGCGCCACCUGGCGGACAGCACGAACACUAUGAGGUAUUGCAGACGCCACAGCAGCGACAAUUGCAGCAGCAGCAGCAACAGCAACAGCAGCAACAACUUGCCAACUAUCAGUUGGUGCUGCAACAACAACAACAACAACAUGAAAGUAUUACAACAACUGCAGCUGCAGCAACAACAACAACACUGCAGCAGCAGCGCAUCAAAACAGAAUUGCCACCAGCCUAUGGUGCAACAACAGCAGCUGCUGCAGCAACAGCAAAAGCAAAAAUUGCCACGACCCGCAAACCGAACGUCAACAAGCCGCAAUUCAAGUGCGAACAGUGUGGCAUGACCUUUGGCAGCAAAUCCGCCCACACGUCGCACACAAAGUCGCAUGCAAAGAAUGCAGAUCUUGCCAUGGGCCUCAAGUCGGGCCUGGCCAGCAGCAGUUCGAGUUCCAGCACCGGUUCCGGUUCCAGUUCCGCUGGCAACACGCCGCCCAUCGAACUCAACGAGGCGGGCCUGCCACUGGGCAUACCAAAGAGUCCCACCAUCAAGCCGCUGGCCAAUGUCGCCGCCGGCGCCGAUCCCUAUCAGUGCAAUGUGUGCCAGAAGACGUUUGCGGUGCCAGCACGAUUGAUUCGCCACUAUAGAACGCACACGGGCGAGCGUCCGUUUGAGUGCGAGUUCUGCCACAAGCUGUUCAGUGUGAAGGAGAAUCUGCAGGUGCAUCGGCGCAUCCACACCAAGGAGCGGCCGUACAAGUGCGAAGUGUGCGAAAGGGCGUUCGAGCACUCCGGCAAGCUGCAUCGGCACAUGCGCAUCCAUACGGGCGAAAGGCCGCACAAGUGUUCCGUCUGCGAGAAGACGUUCAUUCAGUCCGGCCAGCUGGUCAUCCAUAUGCGCACGCACACGGGCGAGAAGCCGUACAAGUGCCCGGAGCCGGACUGCGGCAAGGGCUUCACCUGCUCCAAGCAGCUGAAGGUGCACUCGCGCACCCACACGGGCGAGAAGCCCUAUCAUUGUGACAUUUGCUUCCGUGACUUCGGCUACAAUCAUGUGCUCAAGCUGCAUCGCGUCCAGCACUAUGGCGCCAAGUGCUACAAGUGCACCAUUUGCGACGAGACCUUCAAGAACAAGAAGGAGAUGGAGGCGCACAUCAAGGGCCACGCCAACGAGCUGCCCGAGGAUGAGGUGGAGGCCGCGGCAGCGGCAGCUGCUGCAGCAGCCUCGGCAACAGGCGCUGCCAACGGCUCGUCCUCGUCCAUAGCCAGCAACUCCGAGAGCAGCAACAAUUCACCGCCCAGCUCGCCACCGGCUGUUAAGAAGCCACGUCAGCCACGUGGCGCCAAAGCCGUUGCAGUUGCAGUGGCUGCUGCGGCAGCGCCUCUCUCACCUAGCUCCGUCUCAUCCACGUACUCGCCGGCUAGCAGUCAGGCCUCCACACCGCCGCAAUAUCUGGCCACAACGGAUGCAUUGAGUCGCGACAGCGGCGUGUCCAGCGCCCAGCUGUUGCCCAGCUAUGCGGAGGAGGAUUUGCCCACGGACCUGAGCAUGCAACAGCCGGCGGCAGCCACCGCUCAGCAGCAGCCACAAUUUAUUUACUAUCAGCCACAACCGGCGUCCAGUUUAGUCGAGCUGCAGCCAACAGCAGCAGCAGCAGCAGCAGCAGCUUCUUCCCCCAUAGCCGGCUUAUCCAUCAAUCCAGCGCUGCUCGAAGCGGCAAGCAUAGCGAGACGCGAUCACGACGAGGUCAGUGACAACGAUGAGGAUGUGCAACAGGCGGCUUGGCAAAUGAUGCAGCUGCGACGCGGUCAUGCGGCUGCAUCGCAGCCACAGGCACAGUCCCAGCCCCAGCCACAGCCUCAGCCACAGCCACAGCUACACGUUGCAACCCAACCCACUUUACUAGUCAGCGAUCUGGCAGCUAACUAUGAUGACACCCACGAGGCGAACGUGCUGAUCGAGCACUUCAAACGCGGCGAUUUGGUGCAUCAUGGACUGCACAAGGCCUAUGCCCGGCCGGUGCCAAUCUAUGAAUCCUCCCUGAAGAAUCCGGAUAUAGUGCGUCGCGUGGAGGCGGCCAUUGGACUGCGCUCCAGCACCGAGUCGCCAGAGCGCAGUUCCUCGCCCGAAAGCGAUUCCCUAAUGAUGGCCGAUCGCAACGUGAUGACGCUGCCACUGCGCAAGCGCAAGCAUUAUAUGAAUGAGGGUGAGGUCAACAAUGGCGGCGGCAGCUGCUCCAACAGUGCAGCGGCAGCGGCGGCGGCGGCGGCGAGUGGAGUGGGCGGAGGAGCUGUUAAUGAGUCAGCCGGAACAGCAGCGAGUGCUGCCGAUGGCGCCACAAGCAGCACGGCCGGCUCCAAGGUGAUGCGCAUGAGCUCUGUCAUCCAGUUUGCCAAGGCUUCGUAGUGGGCGUGGCAGCGGCAAUCAGCAUAAAGACUGUUCAACAAAUUCUAACUGAAAUUAGUUUUACUUUAAAAUAAUGCAUGCAUUGCAUAAUUUACGUUUUUAUUUAGCAGCGAGAAAUGCCAAAAGUAUUAUACAAAAGAGGAAGAGCAAGAAAUAUGUUUUUAAACAAAAAAAAAAAAAGAAAGAAAAGAUAAGAAAAUUAAUAUCCUAUUACGUUUACAUUGUAUACUUUUUGACUACGUGGAUUUUGUUAAAUAUUUGUUUUUUCUUCUCUUAAAUUUAUGUUUCCGAUUAAGUUAACAAUUGCAGCGAUUGGCGUGGCAAUUCCUUUUCUUUAAAUAAGUUGAAAAAUGAAUUGAGAAACAAUGAAAUCCAACCGGAGAAGAGAGAAAAGAAAAACAAUAAUAAGUUACGUACAUAAUUGAAUACAAUUAAUUAUUUA